ACUGUCAAGUAUGAUGCGGUGUGUAAAAUCUUCGAGAUGCUGAGGUAUUUCUCCAUACCAACGUCUGUAAUGGUAUUGGUGGCCAUUUCCUGUGACCGAUACAUUCUGAUAUGCACACCACCAAGUACACGUAUGACAAAGUUGGUGUCUAAGGUUGUUAUUGGUGUGAUCCUGGCCAUAGGGGUGAUGUUCAGUAUUCCACCAAUCCUGGGUAUAGGCGUGUAUGCCACUGACUAUAGUGGUAAUCAGUUAUAUAUUGGAUACUGCGUACCCAAUGACCAGUACAUCACACCCCACGGACUGGACAUCUAUUGGUAUGUUGUCACCGCAGCCUUCAGUCUCAUGAUCCUCAUCAUCUUCACCAUGUACACCCUCAUCUUUAUACGGCUGUACAAACAGAACAGGAAGUGGCUGUUACGCAUGCCCAAGGUACACCCCGAGCGUCUAGAGAGCAUCGAGGAUGACAACAACUCCAUGCUUGGUGAGAGGAAGAGGAGUAGCUUCCCAGCAUCCAAUCAUCCAUCGUCGAGCAAGGAAAUCAUCAGUUUAUCCACCCUGAAACACCUGGUCCCUAACCUGCCCGCCACCAUAUUCGAGGAUAACAUGGCACCAAACCAAACAGUCCAGAACACGCCCUCGCUCUCAUUCGAUGAUCAACGCUCUGUCAUGACUUCUGCAUCCUUGAAACGCUCCCAGAGUGAAUUGUUAGACCUACAGCAUAAGAGUACAUUGGAGAAGCGUACCUCUUUGGAUGUUAACAAACUUCACCGUCUGAAGGAGACUAGAACCAAACCUAAACCAGGGCCGUCAAACAAUCUCAUUCAGCGCACCAUGCACACCGCUAAUUAUGUGUCCCGCAAAAUGAGCAACACCUCCCAGGAUUACCGACUGGACACAACUGAUAAUUCUCAGUCGAAAUGGAAUUCCAUUAGGGCUUCAGUCCUGAGCGGCACAAUGUCAAUGAACUUUGUGUCUAAAUUCAGACGAACUUCCAAUGUUGUCAUCCCCAAGCGAAACACUACGUUCAAUAGCCAGAAGACAAAACGCCCGAUGCACAUCAAGACAACACAAGUUCUAUUUAUAGUAACCCUUGUAUAUGUGAUAUCGUUCCUUCCCACAUUCCUUAUGUCAAAUAAUGUGAUCCCGAAUCAUCGAGUCAUCUAUUACCUGUAUUUCAUCAACAAUGCCUCUAAUCCAAUCAUUUACUCCUUCAUGAACCAGAGGUUUAGGAAGGAGGUCGCAAAGCUCUUUUGUAGUAAGUAAACACAAAAAAAUAGUGUAUUUAUUCUUGUCUUAUUAUCGAAGAAUAAUUAUAGGAUAAAAACAAAAGGCCUAGAGAACCAGUAUUGCUCACCUGGAUUU